CCACUGGCCCCUCUGAACUCGAAAAGCAAGUUGGCUUGGGAGAGGCAAGGGGGAAUUCGGGCAAGGUCUGAGGGGGGUCCGAGUGGUACCCUCACCCCCCACUCCCAAACCACUCUUCUGCCAGCAGCAUGGCACCUGUGGGUGAAAGGGCCCAGCGGAUAAGCCCUUAGGGGACAGUCUUGGGGCCUGUCCCAUCCCCUGUCCAUCAGGGUCAUGCUGCUCUGUGCCUGGUUAAAAUAACGCCACCUGAAGGGUGGGAGUCAAACCUGCCCCAGCAGGGCUGGCUGGCUGCAUGAAUGGGGGUUGGGGAGCCCACCCAGGGAUCCUGAGGGGCAGUUUGUGCCCCCGUCCCACCUGUAGGAGUCAAGCCAUCAGCCGUUCAGCUGAACAUAGGGAUAGCUGCAGGCUGGGUAGCUAGAGGAUCUCGUCCCCCGACUCCCCGGCUUCAGACCCAAAGCCAGCCUUGCCCUGCCCCGGGUUAGGCAGAGGCUGCCGCCGUGCGCUGGUUAUUGCAGUUCUCUGCUCGGGUUUCUGGGAGCGUCUGGUGCUGGCCGUGGCCAUGCGCAGGACUCGGUGCCUUUCUCCGCUGUUCUGAUCGGUUAUGGCAGCGCCUGUCUGUGAUCCAAAGGGCGCAGUCGGCUAUGCUCCCUCCAGAGCCCAGUGGAAGACCGGCUUGCAUGCCACUCUGGCCAGUGCCAGUGGCUCCGAGCCGGUGAAGAUCUCGGUGUCCGGCACCAGAGCGCCAUGAGCUAGGGGGGCACCACCUGUGCCAUGAGCCCGGGAUGGAUCAGAACACCUUCUCGCACAUCCAGCUGUGGUGCCCGCGGCCCUUCGGCACCUACUCCCAGAACAAGCCGUGCGGCGGCAGCCCGGUGAAGAAGCCCUUUGGGGACUUCGCCUGCAGAACCAAGGAGGGGGAGGACAGCGGGGAGGCCUGCUCUGAGAACACCCCGCCCGCCCCGGCCCCGCCGCCUCCCCUGGUUUCCCCCAGCCCCAGCCAGGGGGAGGAGGGCCGGGUGCUGCUGGACACCUGGUACGUCAUCAAGCCAGGCAACACCAAGGAGAAGAUCGCCUUCUUCGUGGCCCACCAGUGCAGCAGUAGCAGCCGCACCAGCACCAUGAAGGUCAAGGGCAAAUGGGGGAGCGACAGCUCGAAGGCCAAGCGCCGGCGGCGCUCGCAUGACCCCAGCAAGGGCAAGCCGUGCCCGGGGAAGGACAAGGACGGCAGCAAGGAGGCGGAGGACGUGUACCUGUGCCCGGAGGCCCACGCCGAGCCGGGCGGCGACACGGACCUGCUCUCCGUGGCCGAGAUGGUGGCCCUGGUGGAGCAGCGGACGGCGCUGGCUCUGCAGAGCUACUCGCGGCCUUGCGCCGGGGGGGCGCCCGCGGCCCCGGCCUCCCCCGUGGUGUUCCUCUCUGCAGAUCAGGAGCAGGCGGACGGGGAGAAGAAAGUGGCGGGCGGAGGUGGGGGCCAGGACUGCAGCCGGGUGGCCGAGGCGGUGGCCCAUUUCGAGUCGCAGCAGGAGGAGCGGAGCGUCGAGGCGGCUGAGUGUGUGGCCAACUCCCAGCAUAGCCCCGGCGAGGUGCGCAUCGCCUUCCGCAUCUCCAGCAGCCGGGACCCUCGCUCGCCCCCCGAGGUGGGCUCCGGCGCCCGCCCCAACUGCAUGUUCAUGAGCUGCGGCACCGGGGGCUCUGCCACCGGCUCCGGCGCCCAUGCCAAGGACAAGAUCACUUGCGACCUCUACCAGUUGAUCAGCCCCUCCCGCGACUCCCUGCCCAACAAUGUGGACUUCCUGCUGUCCAGUGCUGCGCCCAAGGGCGACGGGGCCAGCGAGCCGCCCGAUUUGGAGAUGAACUGCGGCGAGAGCCAGGCCUUGCCGGGCAAGCUGGACGCCGUCCCUGAAGGCAGGGCCGGGGAGAAGCUGGGGGGGCCAGCGGCGACGCCCCGGGACUGCGUGGCCGGCUUCCACGUGGACGUGGUGGUGACGGGCGUGGUGGAUCAGUGCGUCUUCUUCGGCAAGGACAGCACCAAGAACAUGAAGGAGGAGACGGUGUGUCUGACGGUGGGGUCCCCCACCCCGGACGGGCUGUGCUCCGCCUGCGAGGAUCCACCCCCCGGCCAGCUCUUCUUCCUUCACGCCCAGCCCCCCCGGCCCGAGGACACCCGGGAGGCUGCCGGCUCCCUCCUGGACAGCAAGAACACCGGCGAGGGGGGCGUGGAGUGGCCGGAUGGGCCCGGGCUGGAGCCAGCGGCCUCGGACACCUCGCUGUGCCGUCUCUACCGGCACGUCUCCCACGACUUCCUGGAGAUCCGCUUCAAGAUCCAGCGGUUGCUGGAGCCCCGUCAGUACAUGCUGCUGCUCCCCGAGCACAUCAUGGUGAAGAUCUUCAGUUACCUUCCCACCCAGUCGCUGGCCGCCUUGAAAUGCACCUGCCACUACUUCAAAUCCAUCAUCGAGACGUUCGGCGUGCAGGCCACGGACUCCCGCUGGAACCGGGACCCGCUGUACCGGGACGACCCCUGCAAGCAGUGCAAGAAACACUACGAGAAGGGGGACGUGUCCCUGUGCCGCUGGCACCCCAAGCCCUACCACCACGACUUGCCUUACGGACGCUCCUACUGGAUGUGCUGCCGGCGCACGGACAAGGACACGCCGGGCUGCCGGGUGGGGCUGCACGAUAACAACUGGGUGCUGCCCUGCGACAUGCUGAGGGACCGAGCGGCCAGGCGGGAGGACGGGAGGUGAGGUGGGGCGGACGGGCGCUGGGGCGGGAGCCCAUGAGGUCUCGUGAGUGCGUGCGUGUGUGUGUGUGUGUGUGUGGGGUUUGGUUUGUUUGCCUGGCUGUCUGGUGCUGAUCUCGGCUGCAGCCCUUCCCAAAAGAAAUUGACUCGCCCACCUGCAAAAUUAUACAGGGCCGGGGCCAGAUCGCCUCCUCCCCCUGCUACUACAGCCGCCAGCCCCGCCCGCCUGCCUUGGGCAGGGGGUCCUUGCUGUGCCCCGGCUUUGCAGCUCGUUGGCGGCUGUGAAUUCUCCUGCUAGCUGCCCACCCUUGUGUCCAGCCCCUCUCAUCCGCUGCUCCUACCUGCUUGGUGAGCACUGGUACGUCAUCGGUGGAUUCACCUGAAAUCUCCUUCUCCAGCCCCCGUUGCUGGAGCAGCGCUCCCCUCAGCCCAGCUCUACCCUGCUGCCAGCGGGCACGUGGCAGCGACCGGCGGGAGCACGUGAUCGGAGCCAGGUUCUGCUGUCUGAAGCUGUGAAACCCCCACCGCCACUAGGGCCCGCUCUUCCCAUGGCCUCGUUCGGGGGUCAGUGAUUAGGCUCCAAGAGAGGGCGCUGUGCUCCCGGCCCCGCAGGCUGGCACGGCGAGCGUCACGCCGGCUGGGGGUCCCGUUUCCAAUCCAAGCCGCUCGUGCGAACACAUAUCGGGGGGCAAGAAAUCAGCCUCCGGAGAGAGAGAGAGAGGCGGGCCCACUGCUGCUUGGUAGAACCUGUCAAGCCGAGGCCGGCCUGCCCCACCCGCGGCUUGCUGGGGCUCAGAGCCAGCCAGUGGGUCACAGCAGCAAGGGAGCUGGGGGUGGGGAUCCCCAUCCCUCCGUGAUGGCACCCCCCCAAAGAGAGAGCCCCCUUUGUCCCCAUCCCUGCCUAUAUGCGGCCGCCUCUCCGGAGCUGUUGGCAGUUUGCCGUGACCGUGGGUUUCUUAGCACGGUGGCCACCAGUUGACUUUGCCAAGCUGCUGGGACGCGUGGGUUCUCAGCGAGAGGGGGUGGCGGCUGCCGGCCUCCCUCCGGCCAUCGGCUGGUCCCUCCCCUUUUCUUCUAGCCGCGUUGCUUGUGGAAGGGGGGAUUGGCAGUGGGGGUCGGCCCCAGCCUGGCCGGCGUCACUGGCUCUUUGGGGUCCAGAUCUGUAACUCGAACCCCCAUAUGGCAAAGGAACCCGGCUCUCCCCUCCCCACAGGCCGGAGCGGCCCAGUGCCAGGGGAGGGUGGGCGUUUCCGUAACCACCGGGCCAGCCCCACAGCUGGAGUGAGUCGGCCUGGGCCUGUUGGCUUCACUGGUGCCACCCGGCGUGCCAGCUGGGGGUCUGGCCCUCGGCCUCCCCCCGUGCCUGGAACUGGGGCUAACAGCCAGAGCGGCCUUUCACCCUGCCUCUUUGCCCCCUGGGGUCCUGAUCCCCGCCCCCUACACGGCCUUAUCCCCUCAUUGUUCCAUCUCCAUCCAGCCGGGUGCUGGACUCCCACCCACUGCGUCUCCCCCAGCUGCGGACCGUGCCUCCUUUUUGCAGCCUUUUCAUUUGAACCCACAAAAGGUAUCUCCUCUCCCCCCCGGCUCCCCCACCACAAGUUGCCUUGAAAUCCUAGCCCUGGUGUCUUGGCUUACGCACGAGUACGGUGGGGCGGCACCCAUUCUCGUGUCGCCGGGCUCAUGCGGCCAACGGCUGCACCUCAAUUCCCAGCUAGUGUCGUGGUCCGAAACCAGGGGGCCGUCCCCUGCCCUCCACGUCGGGCCCAUUUGCAUCCCCCCCGCCCCCCUUGCCCUAAGGAGGCUGUCGGCCUGUGGUGCUCUAGUCCCCAGGUGCCGAUCCGGUUCCGGAUCCCCCAGCCCGGGCACAGCUCCGCCUGGUAUUUAUACGCCUGUCUCUGUGCAUGUGUGACAUUUCAAAUGACUGUUGAGUGGAAAACAAAUUAAACAGCAGAAAAACUGA